AUAUGUUUAAAUUAGAAAAAAUAUUUUCAUAUUAACUCGUAAAACGGACAUUAGGGUACGAGUUGUCUUCUUUUAGGAGGGCACCUGUCAAAAAAAAGUUCUUUGUCCUCGGUGUGCUGUGUGAAUUGGUCAUACAAAAUGGUCAAUGGCGUAUUGAAAAUAGCGCACAUUUGCGGCGAUAGGCCGAUCAAUUUAGUCUUAGAAAGUAGUUAAUUUAUCUAUUUGGGCGCGGUCAAACAUCUUACGAUCAUGCCUCGGGAAAGCACCAAGGAGAGAAAAGUAUCACAAUUUGACGCAGAGUUGUACUUCCUGAUCGCAAGAUUUCUGGCAUCUGGACCAUGUCACAGGGCCGCUGAAGCUCUCAAGCAAGAACUACAGGAACACAAGCUUUUGCCUAAAAGAAUAGAUUGGGAAGGUCGUGAGCAUCCUAGGAGUUUUGAAAACUUGAUUGAAACAAAUAAGCAUAUACCUGCUGAUCAUUUAAAGAGAGUCUGUCUUCGCCUUGGUCCUUUGCUGGACAAAGAAGUCCCACCCAAUGUAUAUGGAGUCCAAUCCUUACUUGGGGCAGGCAGACAAUCAUUUCUCAGAACAAAAGAAGAUGUACAAAAAGUCAAAUGGACCAAUCAAACCCAUGCUGUUUUACACCACAUGCAGCCAUUGCUCCCACCAAAGAAAUUGGCAAAUAUACCCUCUCUGCCAACAAUUGUAUCUGGUUUACAAAUGUGUGGAGUGGUCCGCCAUGAACAUGCAGUGCCAGACAAGUUAUAUAGCAAAUUUAAUAUGUACAGUCGUAUAUUGGGGCAUCUGUCUGCUGUCUACUGUGUGGCAUUUGACAGGACUGGUGACUUUAUAUUUACUGGUGCUGAUGACAGUCUGGUGAAAAUAUGGAGUGCAGUAAGUGGACGCCUUUUAGGAACACUCAGGGGACAUUCUGCAGAAAUCACAGACAUGGCAGUCAAUUAUGAGAAUACACUGAUAGCAGCAGGUUGCUGUGAUAAACUGAUCAGAGUCUGGUGUCUGAAAACCACUGCACCUGUGGCUGUGUUGCAUGGGCAUACUGGCAUGGUCACAUCACUACAGUUCUGCCCCAUGCCUAGGGGUGAUAUGAGGUACCUUGUCUCUACAGGCGCAGAUGGAAAUGUUUGUUUUUGGAGCUGGAAUGUACAGACAAAUGUGUUCAAUUUGAAACCUGCAAAGUUUACAGAAAGAUCUCGUGCUGGUGCACAAAUGCUGUGUUCUUCAUUUAGUCCAGGUGGUGCAUUCCUUGCAACAGGGAGUACAGACCAUGUUGUUAGGGUGUACUGUAUAGCAGGAGCUGCCCCAGAGAAAAUCUGUGAACUGGAGUCACAUACAGACAGGGUAGAUAGUAUUCAGUACAACAACAGGGGUGACCGGUUUGUGAGUGGUAGCAGAGAUGGCACUGCCAGGAUUUGGAGGUUUAAUAGUCAAGAAUGGAAGGCCAUGGUGCUCAAUAUGAAUACAAAAUUGCCUGGAACUCAAACGGCUGACUCUGGGAGUGGAGAAGACUCAAAAAAUAACAAACAUAAGGUCACAAUGGUGGAUUGGAAUAUUGAUGACUCUCUGGUAGUCACAGCAGUCAAUGACUACUCGCUUAAAGUCUGGGACUCACACACAGGGAAAUUAGUGAAUGUACUACUGGGUCAUGAAGAUGAAGUGUUUGUCUUAGAACACAAUCCCACUGAUCCACGCAUUAUGCUGAGUGCUGGCCAUGAUGGAAACCUCUUUGUAUGGAAUCUGCACACUGGAGCCAAACUGAAAAGUUUUUUCAACUUGAUUCAGGGCCAGGGUCAUGGAGCUGUGUUUGAUUGCAAGUGGUCCCCUUAUGGCAUGGGUUUUGCUGCUACAGAUUCACAUGGUCAUAUACUUCAGUUUGGUCAUGGGUCCAGUGAAAAACAUAAACAGUGCCCAGAAGAGAUGUUCUUUCAUACAGAUUACAGGCCUCUCAUAAGGGAUGCCAACAGCUAUGUAUUAGAUGAGCAGACCCAGCAGCCACCUCACCUUAUGCCACCUCCAUUCCUGGUAGACAUAGAUGGCAAUCCACACCCACCUAGCUUCCAGAGACUGGUUCCAGGGAGACAGAAUAUGUCUGAAGGACAGCUUAUUCCAGCUAUGGGUGUCACACCUAAUGGUGACCGUGAGGUUCUAGACAUACAAGAACAGGCUGAAAGUGAAGAACAAGGAGAUGGAGAGGUGAAUCCACUGGAUGCAGCAGUGUCAAGAAUGCAGAGGGAUUUCACCCGGAGAAUGGGAAGUGAAUCUGAGGGGACACCCAGCAGGAGACCCUCCAGGUCUCAAGAUGCAUCCUCUCCAGGCAGAAGUAGAGGUCCCAGGAGAAGUGGGCAGACAGAGGGUGUCAGGCAAUCCAUAGGCAAUGUCCCAGUGUCCCAGCAAGCCACACAACAUGACCUGGCAGCAUGUAGCAAGAGGGUGGUGGUCAGGGAACUGGCCUCUCCAUUACGCAGGAGUGAUGAGACCAAGAGAUUGGCUAUGGCCGAUGAAGAAAUAAAGAAAUAUGUCAUCGAAAGAAAAAAGAAACCCGUUUUGUUGGAUGGGGGUGAAUCUAGUGACAGUGGCAGCUAUGUGAGAACGAGGAAGAAGGGUGGCCCAAAACAUGGAUACAGGACCAGGGCAACACACAACAACUUGGAAGAAACUGGGGUUAACCGCCUGACAACAAGAGCACUUUAUGAUACUGAAGUGGAGGAGGAUGAGGAGAGUGGAGCUGAGACAAUAAUUGACAGUGAUGCAGACAAUUUGUGGAAUAGUGAUAACAGUGAAAGUGAUUCCAGUGACUAUUCAGAUUGGACAGCGAGUGCUGGAUUAAACUUGCAACCACCAAAAAGAACUUCACAGAGGCAGCCUAAGAAGAAGGUGCUAAGCUCUUCAGCUGAUGAAGGAGCAGAAGAGGAAGUCACAAGUAAAAAGAAAAAAGGAAAGAAACCACCACCAAGGAAAAAGAUAGUUAGACAGGCUCAACAAAAACUUAUGAGAGAGCAGCCAGAAAUAUCUGAGCUACCUGAGCAGUUCCGUCCUCCUGACUGGCUGACUGACACUAUUCCUAGGAAGGCGCCCUAUGUACCACAGAUUGGGGAUGAAGUCAUCUACUUCAGACAAGGACAUGAGCUGUAUGUCAAGGCAGUGAAAUCUACAAAAGCAUAUGACAUAGAUCCAAGGAAGAACCUUCCCUGGCACAAGAAUCCACAAAUCAGGGAACAAGAACUAGUACGGAUCAUUGGUUUGAGGUAUGAAAUAUGCCCACCUAGGCUGUGUUGCCUGAAGCUAGCAUACAUAGACCCAGAGACAGGGAAACAGACAGGGGGAUCCUUUACAAUCAAAUACCAUGAUAUGCCUGAUGUGAUUGAUUUCUAUGUGCUCAGACAGAACUAUGAUGUUGCAAUGUCAAGGAACUGGAAGCCAGGUGACAGAUUCCGCUCUAUGAUAGAUGAUGCAUGGUGGAUGGGAAUCAUCUUGUCUCAGGAACCAUUCCAGUCACAGUAUCCGGACAGCAUGUUUCAGUGCUUUAAUGUAAAGUGGGACAACGGUGAACUUGAAAAAAUGAGUCCAUGGGACCUUGAACCAAUAGAUGACAGCAGAGUGCCAAACACAGCUGGUGGAAGUGUUGAGGUUUUACCUGAUGAACUCAAAUCUUUAAUGUACACACCUAAGGAACAUGAAUGGCCAGCAGAGGGAAGAGAUGUGGAGUGUGAGAGAAUUGCCAGAGGACUUGAGCAGAUUAUGGAACUCUCUAUUGCAGAGCCUUUCUUGGCCCCAGUUGAUUUGAAUAAAUAUCCUAUUUAUGGGAUGAUUAUUGAAUACCCUACAGACCUAAGCACUAUUAAAGCCAGGGUGGAGAAUCAUUUCUACAGGAGAAUAGCUGCAAUCCAGUUUGAUAUCCGCUACAUUGAAACCAAUGCAAGGACAUUUAACCAGCCAGGAAGUCUGAUUGUCAGACAGAGCAAACUACUUACUGAACUGUGCUUGAAAUUUAUUGGGGAUGUGGACUGUACAGAUCCCCUGGUAUUGUAUAAUCAGCUGGCAAAGGAUGCAGACUUUGCACUACACCCAGGGAGAAGUGCAGCAGAAGACGGUGAGGAGGAGGAAGAUGAAGUAGAUGUAGAGAGUGAUGAUGAUAGACCAGGACCAAGCAGGAAAAACAAAAGGCCUGCUCGGCGAAACAAGUCAUCAAACCUGGGAUGGAAAGAACAGUGUGCUCAACUACUGGAUGUUAUUUAUGACUGUGAUGAUUCUGAACCAUUCCGACAUCCAGUUGAUCCUCUAGACUAUGCUGACUAUGCUAAUAUAAUAGAUACUCCCAUGGAUCUGACUACAGUGAAGGAGCAGAUGCAGUGUGGGAAUUAUGACAGUCCUCAAGAGUUUGCCAAAGAUGUCAGGCUGGUCUUCAACAACUCUAAGCAGUAUAACACAAACAAGAAAUCAAGAAUCUAUGCAAUGACCCUGCGCUUGUCAGCCAUGUUUGAAGAUCAGAUGAAGGAGAUAUUAGCAGGUAGAAAGAAGAUUUACAGAUCUGAUCAGACAUCAACAAGACCAUCUGCUGAACAGAGGCGUAGGCCUCCUCGUCCUCAACUUAGGGCUGACCCUGUCCAUUCCCCAAAGAAAAAUGUGGCUAGAACUUCCUCUGUUCAGAGGGACAGCAGCAGACCCUCUACUUCAGGUGCAGCCUUUUUUAAUCGAGCCAUUGACACAGCAGGCAGCAGUACUACACAAGUUGCAACUAGAACAAGAGCACAAACCUCAGGUGUAACAACAGUCCCACCUCACAGAAAAAGGCCAAGAAGGUUAAGAAUUGAAGAUAAUGAUGAGGAUGAUGAGGAAGAAGAUGAAGAGGAAGAUGAUGAUGAUCAGGAUUCAGAUUAUGCAGAAAGACCUGCAAAACGGGCAGCUCCUAGUGCAAGUAGAAGAAGCACCCGUAAACCAAUAAGCAAUGGCACUGAAAAAAGACACGAAGGAUCAAAGAGAUAUGGAACAAGAAAAUCCACUGGUUCUUUGAAACCAAGCAAAUACAAAUUCUCUGACUCAGAUAAGACAGAUGAAGAGGUAGAUGAAGCAGAAACAGAAAUAGACGAAAGUAAUAAAAACACAGACAAUGGCUCAGCUUCAGAUUCUGAUAGUAAAUCUGAAAAAUCAGGAUCCAAUGAUUCUAGCUCAAGUUCUAGCUCAGAUUCUUCUAGCAGCUCAUCUGAAUCUAGCUCAUCAGAAGAAAGUGUUAGUUCUGAACCUCCCAGGAAAAAAAUUAUGAGGCAGAAUCCUAGAAAAACUGCUGUACCAAAAACAAAUGGCCAUAGUAACAAACAGAGAUAUACAAGUAAUGGUCAAAAUAGUAGGUCUAAACAAUCCAGGGAGGGUGAUAGUCGAAGAUAUAGUACUCGAUACAGAGGCCAACGGACAGUGCAUUACCAAGAAGACAGUGAUUUUGAGUACACAGAUGCAGCUGACACUGAAGACUUUGAUGAGAAUAUAAGUGACACUGCUGGUGUAAGCAGGAGUGGCAGAUUAAGAAAAUUGACUCCUAAAAUGAAAGCUAGUCUGUGGACAUAGUAUUUACGUUGGAUAUUGCCAGUGUCAGAGAGAGAAAAACCUUUGCAGACAAAUUACUUUUUUCAUACUGCCUUAGUUGAAUGAUCAUGGGGAAAUUAUUAAAAUAAAUUUUUUGAAUUCUUAAAUUUUUCUUGCUGCCAUAUUUUCAAGCUUUGAAGUAAAAAAAAAAAGUGGCCAGCAUUUUUCCAUGAAAAAGUAUAUUUAUAUCCUCCAAGGGAUGCUAGCCAUCAGAUGAGAUGCAACAUUGUGAUGUAAAAUUUUUCAUAAAAAUGGUUCCAUGAAGUCAUUUGUUUAUAGUUAUUCAUGCUUCCAAGUGGAAAAAUUGCAGAAAAGUUUUGAAUUUUGUCACUGAGGGUGAUAGUUACUUGUCA